CGUCACAAAUACGCAAUCUGGUUGGUAGAGCCUAUAUGAGAGACAGUGUAUCCAUUGAUCUGUACCGGGUACGUUUUUAUUGAGACGCGCGCGGUGUGUCCACCUAUAAAAGAGGAGUGCGGCUUGGAGCGCAAGACCAGACUUUCCCCUGUUCUGUUCUUGAGGUGCGAUAGAGACUCCAUACAAAGAUACUGAGCAAUAUGGAGGGGACUUUCCGAGAGCAGCUUUUCUUCCUUGUGUUAUGUCUGUCAUUUCUGAAGGGAGACACCAGAUACAUCGAGGAAAAUGACAUUACACCAGAGGGAUUAUUUGCACUUCUUAAUUCAGAGCUCAAAAGAGAAAUACCCGAGACAUUAAUUUACAGCCGACCCCUCCGUUGUCUGGACAUGGUGGCAGUAGAGGGUCAGUUCACCUUCACAGCAGACCGGCCUCAGCUCAGCUGUGCUUCUUUCUUCAUCGCUGAGCCCGACCAGGUCAUCAGUGUGGAGUAUGACAGCGUCGACAUCGACUGCAGGGGAGGAGACUUCAUCAAGGUGUUUGAUGGCUGGGUGAUGAAGGGAGAGAAGUUCCCUAGUUCCCAGGAUCACGCCCUGCCGUUGAUGGAACGCUAUGUGGACUACUGCGACUCUGGGACGGUCAGGAGAACCGUGCGGUCGUCUCAGAACGUUGCCAUGCUGUUCUUCCGCAUUCACACUGCCGGGAGCUCCUUCACGCUGACAGUCAGGAAACCCAUCAACCCUUUCCCCUGUAAUAUCAUCUCCCAGACACCAGAGGGCAGCUUCACCAUGGUGAUACCCCAGCAGCACAGGAACUGCAGCUUCUCCAUCAUCUACCCUGUAGAGAUCAAGAUUGCUGAGCUCAGCCUGGGACACCUCAACGACUUCCCCAUCAAGAGGUCCAUCCCAGGAUGUGCGGGAGCAGGGGACUUUGUGGAGCUGCUGGGAGGGAACGGGAUGGACCCGUCUAAAAUGUUCCCUGUAGCUGACCUUUGCUACAAAUUUAACGGUCCCGCCCAGAUGAAGAUAGGUUGCGAUAACACGGUGGUUAGGAUGGUGUCAAGCGGUCGGUUUGUCAACCGGGUGGCGUUCCAGUACCGUCUGCUGGACCGGCAGGAGCUGCAGAGGAUCAAGGUGAACAGUGUGGAGGAUUUCUGCUUCACUGGCUGAGCUCUCUGUCUCUUCAUCCAUCUCCCCAACAUGUUGUCUAUCUACCACCUAGCUAAUGGGGACCACGCAUCACCGUCUGAGCUCUCUGUCUCUUUAUCCAUCUCCCAACAUGUUGUCUAUCUACCACCUAGCUAAUGGGGACCACGCAUCACUGGCUGAGCUCUCUGUCUCUUUAUCCAUCUCCCCCCAACAUGUUGUCUAUCUACCACCUAGCUAAUGGGGACCACGCAUCACUGGCUGAGCUCUCUGUCUCUUCAUCCAUCUCCCCCAACAUGUUGUCCAUCUACCACCUAGCUAAUGGGGACCACGCAUCACUGGCUGAGCUCUCUGUCUCUUUAUCCAUCUCCCCCCCAACAUGUUGUCUAUCUACCACCUAGCUAAUGGGGACCACGCUUCACCGGCUGAGCUCUCUGUCUCUUUAUCCAUCUCCCCCCCAACAUGUUGUCUAUCUACCACCUAGCUAAUGGGGACCACGCAUCACCGGCUGAGCUCUCUGUCUCUUUAUCCAUCUCCCAACAUGUUGUCUAUCUACCACCUAGCUAAUGGGGACCACGCAUCACUGGCUGAGCUCUCUGUCUCUUUAUCCAUCUCCCCCAACAUGUUGUCUAUCUACCACCUAGCUAAUGGGGACCACGCAUCACUGGCUGAGCUCUCUGUCUCUUCAUCCAUCUCCCCCCCAACAUGUUGUCCAUCUACCACCUAGCUAAUGGGGACCACGCAUCACCGUCUGAGCUCUCUGUCUCUUUAUCCAUCUCCCAACAUGUUGUCUAUCUACCACCUAGCUAAUGGGGACCACGCAUCACCGGCUGCCAAAUCUACUAUGAGACUGAUUACAGAAAAAAGCCUGAAGGUUGCCAUAAAAUUCUGUUCUGUACUACAUUUUGAAUUUAAAGAGAUUUAUUAAUUUUGUACCUCAUUCGUUUUUUUUUUUGUGUUGUUGCUCACUUUCUGUUCAAUGAAUUGUGGCUGGUGCUCAAGCCUAAUAAAGUGGUAUUUUGUGUUUGUUUCUAA